CUCUGGGGCCGCAGCUGCUCGGCUGCUGGACUCACCGCGGCCCUGCGCCUCCGCCCGCCCGGCCGCGCCCCCCGGGGCCAUGGUCGCGGGGCCCAGCGCGGGGGCGACCCCCAGCGCGGCGCUUCAUGGAGCGGCCCCGGCCCGGCCGCCGGGGGCAGCGCGAUUACGCAGGGCCCUGUGAGCCCCCAGCGCCACGGCACCAUGUUGCUGGUUGAGAAGACGACCGACUCACCAGCGGCCGAGUUCUCGCUGGUGGAGGACGUGGCGCUGCACUUCGCCUGCUUGAUGGGCCGCCUGAACGAGCAGCGCCUCUUCCAGCCCGACCUGUGCGACGUGGACCUCGUGCUGGUACCUCAGCACAGCGUCUUCCCGGCCCACAAGGGCGUGCUGGCCGCCUACAGCCAGUUCUUCCACUCGCUCUUCACCCAGAACAAGCAGCUGCAGCGAGUGGAGCUGUCCCUGGAGGCGCUGGCGCCGGGCGGCCUGCAGCAGAUCCUCAACUUCAUCUACACGUCCAAGCUGCUGGUCAACGCGGCCAACGUCCACGAGGUGCUCAGUGCCGCCUCACUGCUGCAGAUGGCCGACAUCGCCGCAUCCUGCCAGGAGCUGCUGGACGCCCGUUCCCUCGGCUCACCAGGCCCCAGCGCAGUGGCCCUGGCCCAGCCAGCCACCAGCUGCACCCCGGCCGCACCACCCUACUACUGCGACAUCAAGCAGGAGGCCGACGUCCCCGGCCUGCCCAAGAUCUACGCCCGCGAGGGCCCUGACCCCUACUCAGUGCGCGUUGAAGACGGGGCAGGGGCUGCUGGUGGCACCGUGCCUACCACCAUUGGGCCCACGCAGCCCUUCUUCAAGGAGGAGAAGGAGGGCAGUGUCGAGGAGGCCAGCGGGCCCCCGGCCACCUUGUGCAAGCUGGAGGGCGGGGAGGAGCUGGAGGAAGAGCUGGGGGGUUCUGGCACCUACAGCCGCCGGGAGCAGUCCCAGAUCAUCGUGGAGGUGAACCUCAACAACCAGACGCUGCACGUGUCCACUGGGCCCGAGGGGAAGCCGGGCACUGGCACGGGCCCGGCCACCAUGGUGCUGGGCCGGGAGGACGGGCUACAGAGACACUCGGAGGACGAGGAGGAGGACAACGAGGAGGAGGAGGAGGAAGAGGAGGAGGAGGAAGAGGGUGGGGGCAGCGGAGGAGAGGAGGAGGAGGAGGAAGAGGAGGGUGGCAGUCAGGGAGACGAGGAAGAUGAGGCGGAGGCAGGGCACAGCGAGCAGGAGGAGGAAGAGGAGGAGGAGGAGGAAGGGCACAGUGAGCAGGAUCAAGAGAGCUCAGAAGAGGAGGAGGAAGAGGAGGGGGAGGCUGGGGGCAGGCAGGUGCCAGCAGGGCCCGGGGGGCGCCGGGGCAGUCGGGUGGACCCCCCUCCCCUUGGUCGCAUGGCCACGCGGUCCCGGGAGAAUGCCCGGCGUCCGGGUAGCCCUGAGCCCGAGGCAGCCGGCCCAGGGGGUGGGAAGCGGCCAAAGCCACCCCCGGGAGUGGCCGCUGCACCGGCCAGAGGGCUGCCUGCCACCGACGGGCUGGGGGCCAAGGUGAAGCUGGAGGAGAAGCAGCACCACCCGUGCCAGAAGUGCCCGCGUGUCUUCAACAACCGCUGGUACCUGGAGAAACACAUGAACGUGACCCACAGCCGCAUGCAGAUCUGCGACCAAUGUGGCAAGCGCUUCCUGCUGGAGAGUGAGCUGCUGCUGCACCGGCAGACGGACUGCGAGCGCAACAUCCAGUGUGUGACUUGUGGCAAAGCUUUCAAGAAGCUCUGGUCCCUCCAUGAGCACAACAAGAUCGUGCACGGCUAUGCAGAGAAGAAGUUCUCAUGUGAAAUCUGUGAGAAGAAGUUCUACACCAUGGCCCACGUGCGCAAGCACAUGGUGGCCCACACCAAGGACAUGCCCUUCACCUGCGAGACCUGCGGGAAGUCCUUCAAACGCAGCAUGUCUCUCAAGGUGCACUCGCUGCAGCACUCAGGGGAGAAGCCCUUCAGAUGUGAGAACUGCAAUGAGCGCUUCCAGUACAAGUACCAGCUGCGAUCACACAUGAGCAUCCACAUUGGCCACAAGCAGUUCAUGUGCCAGUGGUGUGGCAAGGACUUCAACAUGAAGCAGUACUUUGAUGAGCACAUGAAGACCCACACAGGGGAGAAGCCAUACAUCUGCGAGAUCUGCGGCAAGAGCUUCACCAGCCGGCCCAACAUGAAGCGGCACCGGCGCACGCACACGGGCGAGAAGCCGUACCCCUGCGACGUCUGCGGCCAGCGCUUCCGCUUCUCCAACAUGCUCAAGGCCCACAAGGAGAAAUGCUUCCGCGUCAGCCACCCCCUGGCCGGCGACGGGGCCCCCUCGGCCCCAGGCCUGCCCCCCGCCCAGCCUCUGGCCCACGCCCUGCCCCUGCUCCCGGGCCUCCCGCAGACCCUGCCGCCCCCGCCCCACCUGCCGCCGCCGCCUCCGCUCUUCCCCCCCACCGCCAACCCCGCCGGGAGGCUGGACGCCAACAACUAGCGGCGGGCUGCCGUGCCCUCCCCGUCCUUCCUAUAGCAGGGCAGCAGCACGGGGCUGGGUUGUAGCCCACACACCCCCUACUCCGGAGGUGGCCGGACUUGCUCUGCUGGAAGGCCCUGGCCCUGGGGGCGGGGCGGGGGUGCAGGCUGGAGGCCCAGCAGAGCUGGUGGAGGAAGCCUCGCUCCCAAGUGCCCCACCUUUCAGCAACGCAUUGACACCUUUACCUUUUUUAAGUGGUAAAGGAAAAAAAUGAGGAAACUAUGUGCAGCUCCACCCUCCCGGAGAGGGGGUUGCUGAAGGCAGCAGGUACAGCAAGCGGGUGUGACUCGUCACCAGUUACUCUGCUGAGGCCUGAGCCAGGGGAAUAGCCAGGCCGAGCCUGGGUCAGCUUCAUCGUCUCAACUCCAGGGUUUGGGGAGAAGCUGGGGCUGCCAGCCCCCUUGGAGGAGGUGUGGACCUGGUCCGAGGGCUGCCAGCAUCCAGGCCCAGGCUUGAGGCUAGAUAGCCAUGAGCGCCUUGGGGAGGGGAGGGGAGAGGUCCCAAGACCAUACCCGGCUCUGCACGUUUGGGGUGGGGCAGGCAGGGGCUGGACCCCAGGGAUUUGCUUUCUCUGCCCCACACCCCUGCCGGCAGGCACAGGGAUCCCUAACCUGUACCAGGCUGCACUGAGGGCCCCAAGUCCUGGAGAGGAUGUCCCCAGAAGCCGCUGGGCCUCAGGAUGCUGUGGGCCAGGACCUGGAUGGGCAGACAGGCUGUGGCUCCCACAGCACCAGCUCCCAAGGGCCCCAGUCAAGGAGCCCCUGCAAGUGGGUUGGACCCUAGGAGCAGGUUUGAGCAAGUGUUUAGGGUUUCAAGGUGCUAUCCGUGGGGCAGGGCCGCUGCUCAAGGGACGCCCCAUCCCUCACCAGCUGCCCGGGCCACAUCUCCCACGCUCCAAGGAGAUGUUUGUGUCCGUGUCCGUCUCUGCUCCCCAAAGGCCAGCACCAGGCCUCAGCUUCCACCCCCUGCUGGUUUCCAGCGUUCUUGACCCUCCUGGGCCGCUGCAGGUGAGCAGAGCACGUUCAGGUCCCUGGGUGGGCGGCCCAGGGAGCCCUAGCCCCUGCCCAAUGCCUGCCCCAAUGAGGCCGGGCACUAGUAGGACGCCAUUUUCUGUUGUCAUUUAACAUUUCAAUUCCUGCCUUUAAAAUGGGGAGGAAGGUUCCAUAAGCUACAUGUUUCCUAGUUAAGCUCUUUCCUAUUGUGUUUAUACAGUUUUGUUUGUUAUACUCUUUGCACCUUAAACCCUUGCUACUGCCCACCCACCCCCACCGCCGCUACUACCCUCCCAGCCUGGCUGGAGUAGGAAGAGGCCUGAGCCCAAGUUGGCUGCUGGGGGAAUGGGAGGGGGCACUGGGCCCCACAGCCUGAGGGCUGAGGCCCAUGGCCCUGGGGCAGGGAGCUGGGGACAUCUUAAUCAUCAAUAAACGAAGCACUUUAUUCUGUACAGCUGUGGGCAGGCCCUAGGCGCCUGAGUGAUUUGAGGAUUUAUAAUCCAAGCAGCACCACCGUGGUGGUUCUGCUGGCUUGGAGGGGGCAGUGCCAUGAGAGCUUUCAUAUGCUGGGGCCCUGCCCUGGCCACGAGCUUGGGGUGCAGCUGGAGCAGUAGAAGCCACAGCCUCCAGCGCUCCCCCUCAGGCACCCCUGCUGUGCUCUAGGGAGAGGAGGCUGGGCCCCUCCCCAAGAGAGGAAGCUUCCUAUCUGGCUCCCAGCUCUGUGCAGCCCGGAACCUUCCAGUCUCUUGUGGGGCCAGGACUGGGCCUCCCGGGCUCCUUUACUGUAGCUCUUUCCCUCCCCUGCACCCCUUGAUCUCUUGGCUUCCAUGACGUCCUCAGGGUUCCCUCACCCUCCUUGUUUCCCUCCAUCCCGUACUAUUUCUAACCUCCAAUCACAGUGCCUGACACCUUUUCAGAGCUGGCUCAUGUUUUUCCAAAAAAGUUGAUCUUCCCCAACUGGCUGUGGGACUGGAGCACCCCACCCCACCCCCCACCACCAUGGGUUCCCCAAGCCCUGUCACAAGUACCAAGGACUCCCAUGGGGGCUGGUGGUCUUGUCACCUGCUUGCCCCGCUGAAGCCUGAGCGUGCCUGGGGGUUGAAGAUGAAUAUGGUGGCGCUGAUGGUGAAAUGCUGUUCCAGGGCUUGGGGCAGGAGAGGGGCUAGACAGCAGGCUGGGCAGCAGUGAAGGCGGCUCAUUGUAGCUGCAGGUAGGCCCUGCCAGCUCCUCUCCUGGGAGGCCCCUAUCCCAGUGGGGACAGGAGCCCUGGAUCCCUGGUGCUAAAUGCUCUCUUCCUCUUGGGCCAGUGUUGAUGGGAGCUCCUUUCUGGCUAGACCACACCACAAGAGUCUGAAGCAAUAAUGGAACCUCAGCAAUGCCAGUAUGAAUAGGGGUUCUUGUUUUACCAGCUUUUACAUUUCCUUUUCAUUUUUUAAAAUGAACUAACAAGCCUUGCAUGUUGGGGUGAGGGGACUGGGGCACCAAAUCCACUUCCCAGGGCUGCUGGCAGUGGGGGUUCAGCAUCAUCACUUCCCACUGGAGGUCUGCUGGGUGUUCCCUCUAUCCAACUGGAACUCAGCCUGCUUGGCCAGACCUCGGGCCUGGAGCCUAGUCUUGGUCCAGCUGGCCAUGGGUAGACAGAGAGACCGGGUGGGCCACAAGUCUGUGACCACAGUUCUGCGAGCCAGGGCUGGGUCCAGAGCCUGAGCCUCCUUCCCUGGCAUUUGCCACGGCCUCCUCAGUGCCCCUCACUGUGGGCUCAGUAGAGGGCAGGACAGCUGUGCCUAGGUGUGUGGAGCUUUGCUUAUGAGUGGGCACCGAAGGCCCCAGAGCCCAUGGGGGGUGGCAGGCGGGUGAGUGGCAAGGACAAAGGGGAAUAAAGUCAGUACACUCCUG